CCUGGUUUAAUAUCAGCCGAUUUUGCUAGCCGCCUUUACUGAACUUUUGACCUUUGGUCAUUUUGGCUUGAAAGAUUAGGCCAAAUCUUAGGAGUGUAUAUCAGAGCUAUCAACACUGGAUAUCCCGCGCAAAUCUAAUAGAUUUAAAAAGGUUGCUGGACUUGCAAAUGUGGUGCAACAAACAUUGAACAAAGGAAAACCGGUUGCCACGGGGAUUCGACAACUCAUUGCGUGUGAAAAGAGUUGAGUCGGCACAGGUGCCGAUUGAUUUUCACCUAUUUUUGCCACGCCAACAGAAGCGGAAAAUAUGCAGGAGGCCUACGUCAACAUCAACUCCAUCCCCACCCACAUCUUUACCUGGGGCAGGUGGAUCGAGGAAACCAUCACUGAGAAGGAGAUCGUCAUUUGCAUAACAGGGAAUCCAGGAUUACCAGGCUUCUACACAGAGUUUGCGGGUACAUUGCAAAAGGAACUAGGUGAUCUUCCAGUUUGGGUGAUAGGUCACGCGGGCCAUGAUGACCCCCCGGAGGCAAGUAUUCGGGAGGUUCCUCAACUUAGUGGCAACGAGGAGCUCUUCAAUUUAGAUGGGCAAAUAAAGCACAAAGUAGCUUUCAUUGAAAAGUACGUGCCAAGUGAUGUAAAAAUUCACUUAAUUGGCCACUCAAUUGGGGCUUGGAUGAUCCUACAACUGCUGGAAAACGAGGGGAUACGGAACCGAAUCCAAAAGUGCUACAUGUUGUUCCCCACCGUCGAGCGGAUGAUGGAGUCACCGAACGGCUGGAUCUUUACUAAAGUGGCAAUGCCUCUGUACUCGGUCUUCGGCUACAUCUUCUUCAGCUUCUUCACCUUCCUGCCCCAGUGGCUGCGCCUUAUGCUGAUCCAGAUCUACUUUCUAAUUUUCUCCAUUCCAACGCAGUUUUUGGGGACUGCCUUGAAAUAUUCCAAGCCCUCGGUGGCGGAGAAGGUGGUCUUCCUGGCCGAUGACGAGAUGGCCAGAGUACGCGGCAUCCAAAGGGAGAUUGUAGAGCCGAAUCUAAACCUUUUGAAGUUCUACUAUGGCACCACCGACGGUUGGGUACCGGUAUCCUACUACGAGCAGCUUAAAAAGGACUACCCCAAGGUGGACGCCCAACUGGACACUAAGAAGAUAGCCCACGCCUUCGUCUUGCGGGAUUCAAAACCGAUGGCGGCAAUUGUGAGAGACAUGAUCCAGCAGAAUCGACGCGCAUAAGACCAAGGCAUAUGCUAGACCAAACCAUUGGCCCUGCCUAUUGCCCAAUUAACAUAAAACGGCAGGCUCAAACGACCCCAUAGCAAUUCCUCCACUGCCUUUGAUUGGCAAUUAGUUUGUUUUUAUUAGUAUCUUUUUGCAUCUCUCGAAGGAAACUCUAAAUAUAGUCAAAAGUGAUUUAACCUG